AUGAAGUCUUUUCUACUACUAGCAACACUUCUAACUGUAACCCUAGCCAUGAGGGAUCAGUCCGUGGCGAUCAAAGGAAAACUCCGCUGCGGAGAUAAACCAGCGGCCAACGUCCGCGUCAAGCUCUGGGAGGAGGACAGCGGUGAUUUUUUAGUUGUUAGACUCAUUAUUGACGUCAGAACGGUCGCAGGUUAUAUUCCCACCGAAUUCAGGUAAAAAUGAUAAUUUUCAAUCAAAUGAUAUGAAGAUAAGGCGUGCUUUAGCUGGUCAGACUCAUUUUUGACUUCAGAAAAGCCCCAGGUUUGAUUCCUACCCAAGUAAAUUCAUAGGAGGAAGAUAACGAUGAUUUCUGGUAUCAAAAAAUUAGAUAAAGCGUAGCUCAGUUGGUAAUACUCAUUCCAUCGUUCGUAGGGUCACAGGUUCAACUCCUACCAAGGUUGAAUUAUGAGAGGAGGAUAGCGGGAAGUUUCCAUUCAAAAAAUAAUUUAAUGAGGCCUCUUAAUUUUCUUUCUUGGCCUUGCUAAUCUCCGCAAAGUCGUAGGCUUGAGUUCUGUCUGAUAACUUGAAAAAAAAGCUUGUCCUUAUCCUAAAAAGAAACCUUCCAGGACCCGACCCGGACGACCUGCUCGACGAAGGCUACACGGACAGCAGCGGAGGCUUCAGUUUGUCUGGAGGAACCGCCGAACUCACCAACAUCGACCCCGUCUUCAAGGUCUACCACAACUGCGACAAGGGCAUUACGGUGAGUUGGAAAUAAUGAAAAGUAGCACAAUUUUGAUCUGAACUCCUCUAAAAUUCUCAGGAAAAGUGUUGUAAAACCUUUUUUUGCAUUUUUGAACGCGAAAUCAAUGAGGAAAGGCCAGGAUAAUCUGGAGAAUUUUAAGCCAAACUCGAAAAAUAAGAUUUUUUCGCUUGAGUAAACCCUUCACGAAGAGCCCAACUCACUAAAAUCUAGAGAACAAGUUCUCUAAAAGUAACAAAAACUGGUCAUUUGCAGCCCGGCUCCCGAAAAAUCAAGUUCAAGAUCCCAACCUCUUACGUCACUAAUGGCAAGGUAUUUCUGUCUUUUUUCUUCAAAGCCUGCGAAAAAUUUCAGUGGCCACUAUAGGGUUUUGACGUCUUAGUGGCCACUAUAGUAGUCAAAUUAGUGGUCACCUUAGGGGUUAAAAAUUAGUGGUAACUAUAGUAGUCAAAUUAGUAGCCUCUCAAGGGGUUUAAAGUUAGUGGCCACUAUAGAGAUCUAAGUUCUACUACUAGACCACUAAAAGUUUUAGUGACCACUUUAGGAGCCAAUGGGUCAACAUAAGUUAUGUUACAUAACUGGUCCAAUAUGUUUUUUUUUUGAAAUUAUCAGAGUUACUGGAAGGAAUAAUGGAUGAAAAACUACUGAAGUGACCACUAAAUAGAGAACCUCUAUAGUUGCCACUAAACGGAGAAUAAUGGCCACUUUAGUGUUCUCUUCAAGUAGUCCUUGGCGAGCCUCUAUAGUGGCCACUAAAAAUUUUCGCAGGCCAUCUCAAAACUGAUUUUAAGACUGCGGCGAAGACUUUCGAUAUCGGAAUCCUGAAUUUGGAGACAAUUUUCGCCCACGAAGAGCGCGAACUCAUCGUUUCUUGA